GCUGAGGUGGCAGAAGGUAGGGAGCGCUAGUUGACGGAGGAAGAGUCGGAGGCGAAAUCGGAGCCGAAGGAUAACCAUGAAUGGACCCUGGCAUAUCGACAGUCGCGAGCGGGUUCUCAAGUUAGGCGCCAGUUUUGAGAAGCAACCGCGCUGCGCCUUCCACACUGUGCGCUAUGACUUCAAACCUGCUUCAGUUGAUACUUCUUGCGAAGGAGAGCUUGAGGUUGGCAAAGGUGAACAAGUGACAAUAACUCUGCCAAAUAUAGAAGGAUCAACUCCACCAGUAACUGUUUUCAAAGGUUCAAAGAAACCUUACUUAAAAGAAUGCAUUUUGAUUAUUAACCAUGAUACUGGAGAAUGUCGACUAGAAAAACUGAGCAGCAACAUCACUGUAAAAAAAACAAGAGUUGAAGGAAGCAGUAAAAUUCAGUCUCGUGCGGAGCAACAGCAGCAACAAAUGCGGAAUUUAACUAGGACUCCUAAUUUUGUAAAACAUUCUCCAUCCGAAGACAAGAUGUCCCCAACAUCUCCAAUGGAUGACAUUGAAAGAGAACUGAAGGCAGAAGCUAGUCUAAUGGACCAGAUGAGUAGUUGUGAUAGUUCAUCGGAUUCUAAAAGUUCGUCAUCUUCAAGCAGUGAGGAUAGUUCCAGUGACUCAGAAGAUGAAGAGUACAGAUCCUCUCCUUCUGAUCCGGGGAAUUAUGUCUCAGGACAUCCUACCCUGUCUGCCAUGCCACAGUGCAGGAUUCCUGACAUAGAUCCCAGUCAGAAUAGAGAUCCUAACAACAGUGGCCUUCUGAUGAAUACUUUAAGAAAUGAUUUGCAGCUGAGUGAUUCAGGAAGUGACAGUGAUGAAUGAAGAAACAUUCAGCUAUAAAUGUAAAAUUUACAAGACGUGAUUAUUUUAUAUUGAGAAUAAAAAUUCCUAAGACUGAAGAAAAUGUAUCAUGAAAUGAUAAAAUAAAUUAAAUUUAAUGAAUAAUUUUCA